AUGGAGGUCGAGCGGCCUGAGGAGAACUUUCAAGGGAAGAUGGGGAUGAAGAUGGACUUGAGAGAGAUCCUGGCAGGGGGUGCGAGCGUGACCGAGAUCCGAGCCUCAGAUGUUCUUAUCAUAAAGCCCACAGCAAGCACUGAAGAGCGGUCUUUAGGAGGGGGAGGAGUCAAAAGUUCUGGGAGAGAGGAUGGUCCUCUCGAGAUCCAGAUCCCAAGAACUGUGUUUUACGUUGCAGAGGAUAUGACAAGAAAGAAGACCACAGGUCAAACCAAGGAUGGUAAAGAGUCCGAGGGAGGACAAGGAAUCGAGAGGAGGGAUAGUUGGAGGAUUGGCAAGCCCUUGAGCCGCAUAGAGUCCCUGCGAGAGAAAAUUAGACAAAGAGAGCAGGAGAGACUAAAACAGAGGAGGGCACAGGAUUUGAACGCUGGUGAAAGUAAAAGGAUUUCUGAUGCACAGACAGAAGGGGACACAUGUCAGGAGAGUGGUAAUGAAAAUGAGAAAGAAUGGGAAACCACAUUUCCUUUGCAGAAAAUGAUAGCAGCAGAGAGCAAUGAGGCAGACACAGGGCUGCAGACAUCCGGGUCUGCGUUUGACAUCACGGAGGAAGUUGAUAUGUUGAAAAACUGCUCUCAGCUUCCUGUUUCUGUCCUACACUCACCCACUGCCGGUGGAGAGGAAGUAAGUAGCGGCUUCACCAAUACUCCCUCCGAAGAUAGCAGCGAAUGUCUUCAAAUAUCCAUCGAUGAACGAGACUCUCUGAAACAUGUGGAAGAACAACUGACGCACCACAGGAUCCAACACCAAAGCAAGGAAGGAGAACGAGAGGAAAAAGACACCGAGGACCCUGAGAAGGAAGUCGAGGGAUACACAUCAUCCAUUGAUCCUGCCCAUCGUCCCUCCCCUUCACCACCACAUCCAAACUCCCUCGCAGCAAUGAGCCGCAUCUACAACUUGGAAACAGUUGGUUCGAGGUCAGGCUUGUGUUUAAGAGAGAGGAAUGUGGACGUCUCACCGGUGCAUCUCAUUAAGGUGAAGCCCCUCAUCACAUCAGAUGCACAACAGGGAGAUGGUGAUGCUUUAUCGGGUGAAGACACCAGUGGACUUAAGACGAUACAACUCCAAAUUGAGCAGUUUCAACUUAAAGAGCAGGAAGUGCUGCACUCUCAACAUGUUGACUCAAUAUCAAAUAUUCCAGGAAAGGACAGCGAGUCAAAAGGACUCCAAAGCAAAGAAUUCCAAAAGCACCAGAUCAAAGAGAUGGGCAAAGAUAUACCAGAAAUGAACCCAGAAGUGUGUCCGAGGCGUGUUUUUUCUCCAGCAUCCCAGCUCAAACAACAACACCCAAUUAAUACCUCACACCUCAGGAGCCAAUCCCCAGACAAAUCUCUGAAACCGUCUGACUCCGCACCAACUCCAGCCUCCUCGCCGUGCUCUCCUUCUCCUGCUGCCUCUCCAACGCCAUCACCAACAUUCUUCUCUAUUCGCAGUGCGUCUGGGGGUCAUGUGAAGAGAGGGGCCACCAUUACAAUUACCCCCAAAAAGUCUGUAGCAAGAGGGAGAACAACUGGAUCGUCCAUGCCAGCAGCAUGCACGAAUACAAAAAUGCCCCAUCAGAUGAACUCGGCUGUUGACGAGCCAACAAAGAAGAAGUAUCCAUCCGUAGAGGAGAUUGAAGUGAUUGGCGGAUAUCAGAACCUGGAGAAGUCAUGUCUUGUUAGGGGCAAAGUGACUCCGAAAAAAGGGAAGGUGUGCUUCGAUGAGAACCAGCUCGAGCAGGUCUGUGAGUAUCCUUCAGAGACUUUCAUCCUGAUGUCCACCCCCUACCCCCAUGACCCGGGCAGCGUUGAGAUGCCAGCGGAGGAGCAGAUGCAGGAGGAGGAAGGGGAAGCUGACGGAGGGGCCGUCAUGUCCAAGAGCCCAAGAAAUUUGGGCACUGCAUUGGGACGGGGUCUAAGAGUGGAUGAGUCUUGCCCUCGGUAGACGCCACUCACCUCGCCAAAAUGCCCAAGCGAUACAAUUAGGGUUUUUUUCCCAUGUUUUCUUUUCUUUUUUUUUUUUUUUUUUUAUACGUUCCAUUAGAUAUGUUGAAAUGAGUCAACUCAGUCUCUGUAGUGACUGAUUUACAGUUCUGUUCUUGCUGUUGAUACAGCGGCAGUUAUGAGUUUAUGUUUAGUUUUAUUUUUCAGGGGACAAAAUGUGAAUGUAUGGCAGGUAAUGUCAAAGUUUUAGUUCACCAGCUAUUUUUGGUGCUCUGUGGGAAAAGAUCCCUUGUCAAUGCAAUCAACACAUUCAAUGCCAUUGACGGCUUUAGAAGUCAAAUAUCCAUGUUAACCGGGAGGGCCGUCAGUGAUUAAAAACGGUUCAUUCUGGAGUUAAUAUAUUUUCUCAGAUUUCAAAAUAUGAAUUAAAGUCCGUCAGCUUUUGUAAUCUGAGUGCCUUGUGCCCGCUUUAUAUACUGAAGCCACACAUGAUAGGUCAGUUUAUGUUUGGAUGAUUUUAUUUUAUAUAUCCUCUUGAGAAAAAAAGGAGCGUGGGACUCUUUUAUCCUAAUAUUUUGUCACACGGAAGUGGCAGAAGCGGAUUUAUGAAGAAGUAUGGGAAAAUAAUUACAAAAGAUUACAUUUUAAAAGUGUUCUCAGAGAACUGAUUGUGUAUUAUUUGCACUUAUUUAGUAUUUCUUUGCAUAUGACCAUGUUUGAUUGGUAAAACGUGCAUAAAGUCUGUACAGAAUGUCCUCAAAUUAUUUUUUAUCUAUUUUUGAAA